GUGUGUGUGUAUAUAUAUAUAUAUCUCGGUGUACCUUUUUCUUCUGUGCCUUUGUUCUGAACACCUUUGUUGCGUGUAAACACCUGUUCCCGCGUCUCGCACCGACAACAAACGCGCACCGCUCUCUGCCACGGCAAGCCUUUGCUUUUUGAACGUUUUUCGGGGCACCUGUUGAUACGACCGACCUACAUAACACACUAGCUGCUGUCCACAUUUAUGCUCUGUCACUCCCGUCAUUGUUGUGCGGCCGAUCGGUCAUCGCGGGCAUCGGUAUCUCCGAGGUUGGUCCGGGAUGUCUUUUCCGCUCGCGCGAAAGCAAAUAUUUUGCGCGUCGUAGUUUCCCGAAUCGGACCCGAAUUGGAUCUUGCGUGAUUUGAAUCGUGGAUGAGAGAGGAAAUUAUCCCUUUGCUCGAGUGUCCAUCAGUCGUUUUGCGUUCGACCAGUAUUUAAUUGUCGCGAAAAUUUUUAUCAAAUUUUAUUAAAACAUCCUAGACACGCGUUGUCACAUAUUUAAAGGAGCAUCGUCGUGAUUGAAAAUUCUUCUCGUAUUAAAUAAAUUUAAAAUAUUUACAAAUAUUUUGCACGUCGUAGUUUUCCGAAUCGGACCCGAAUUGGAUCUUGCGCGAUCUGAAUCGUGGAUAGGAGAGGAAAUUAUCCCUUUGCUCGAGUGUCCAUCAGUCGUUUUGCGUUCGACUAGUAUUUAAUUGUCGCGAAAAUUUCCAUCAAAUUAUUGAAAAAUCCUAGACACGCGUUGUCACAUAUUUAAAGGAGCAUCGUCGUGAUUGAAAAUCCUUCUCGCAUUAAAUAAAUUUAAAAUUUUUACAAAUAUUUUGCACGUCGUAGUUUCCCGAAUUGGACCCGAAUUGGAUCUUGCGCGAUCUGAAUCAUGGAUAGGAGAGGAAAUUGUUCCUUUGCUCGAGUGUCCAUCAGUCGUUUUGCGUUCGACCAAUAUUUAAUUGUCGCAAAAAUUUCUAUCAAAUUAUUGAAAAAUCCUAGACACGCGUUGUCAAAUAUUUAAAGGAGCAUCGUCGUGAUUGAAAAUCCUUCUCGUGUUAAAUAAAUUUAAAAUAUUUACAAAUAUUUUGCACGUCGUAGUUUUCCGAAUCGGACCCGAAUUGGAUCUUGCGCGAUCUGAAUCGUGGAUAGGAGAGGAAAUUGUUCCUUUGCUCGAGUGUCUAUCAGUCGUUUUGCGUUCGACCAAUAUUUAAUUGCCGCAAAAAUUUCUAUCAAAUUAUUGGAAAAUCCUAGACACGCGUUGUCACAUAUUUAAAGGAGCAUCGUCGUGAUUGAAAAUCCUUCUCGCAUUAAAUAAAUUUAAAAUUUUUAUAAAUAUUUUGCACGUCGUAGUUUCCCGAAUCGGACCCGAAUUGGAUCUUGCGCGAUCUGAAUCAUGGAUAGGAGAGGAAAUUAUCCCUUUGCUCGAGUGUCCAUCAGUCGUUUUGCGUUCGACCAAUAUUUAAUUGCCACAAAAAUUUCUAUCAAAUUAUUGGAAAAUCCUAGACACGCGUUGUCACAUAUUUAAAGGAGCAUCGUCGUGAUUGAAAAUCCUUCUCGCAUUAAAUAAAUUUAAAAUUUUUACAAAUAUUUUGCACGUCGUAGUUUUCCGAAUCGGACCCGAAUUGGAUCUUGCGCGAUCUGAAUCGUGGAUGGGAGAGGAAAUUGUUCCUUUGCUCGAGUGUUCAUCAGUCGUUUUGCGUUCGACCAAUAUUUAAUUGUCGCAAAAAUUUCUAUCAAAUUAUUGAAAAAUCCUAGACAUGCGUUGUCAAAUAUUUAAAGGAGCAUCGUCGUGAUUGAAAAUCCUUCUCGCAUUAAAUAAAUUUAAAAUAUUUACAAAUUCAAACUCAAUUCUCGCACAUAUCUGGGGCGGACCUUUCCGACGUGGAUAACUGAUGAUGUCGAUAUUCCGCGAUUACUCGUCCGGAACUUGGCGCACAGAUGUAAAUCCAGUUUUAACAAAUAAUAUAGCGUACGAAUAAAGUUUAAAUUUUACAAGAUUACAGAAAAUUUCGCAAUUCUCGGAUAAACGGACACGUUCCGCUAAAAUGACUUAGCCAAGUUGCGCCUUAUUACGAUCGCGAGGUGAAACUUGGGCCGAUUAUUUGCAAGCAAAACGCGAUGAUCAUCUAUUGUAAUUUCGAUCGCAAUCACGCCGCUGGCGACGUAGCUCGGGUCCUCGUUUUGUGCAAGGGAACAUACGCUCGGGCAUAUUCGAUGUACGUGAGAGGAAAGGGAGAUAGGUACGUGAGACAGAGAGAGAGAGAGAGGACGAGUGUAAAAGAGGGGUUGGGUGGAGCGAGAAAGAGCGGAUGGUGAAGGAGAGCGGCAAAGAGUGGCAAGGUAAGCGGAUAAGGAAACAACGCGCUCCGAGGAAGAGGGUUCUCUCUCUUUUCGGGGAGACGGUGUAGCUUUAUCGGCAAAACGCGAGCGUUGGGUGGCACGUUUGGUCGACGUUUGGUCUAAAUGUUGUUUAACACUCUCGAGCACCUUUAUAUAUACGCAUAUCUAUGAGCACGCACGAUGAGCACCUCCGAUACCACCUCCACACGUCGCAGCACUCUCUGUUGAAUAUAUAUCCUGAGAAAACAAAAACCAACAAAAAAAAAAAAAAAAGAAAAAUACCACCACGAAUCUUUUUGUGUUCCUGGCACCUGUGGUCGUAGAAUAUCGCACAUUGUUCUCUAUUAACGACCUGAUUUCAGGACAGGUGUGCGCUUUAUCACGAAGGGAAAGCCAAGGUCGCGGCUACUAUCAUGGACUACCGAAAGUGAAGCGUAUCGAUUAGAGGAGCGAGCAUAACGCAAUCAAAUGUCAAACGUGAUACACCGUACGCUCGAGUCGGCGAUUUAUCUCCGAUAGAGAGAGAGAGAGAGAGACGAAAGAAAAUAAGAAAGAGAGAGAGAGAGAGAGGGGCCUGCUCUUUUUCCGAGGCUUGACGGAAUCGCGGGUCCCAGAGUCUGGGACAUGCUAGGAAGAGAGAGAGAGGGAGAGAGAUCGCUCUCUCGACGCAGUUGCACGCGUAACACCGUUGCAUUUUUUAUGCAAUAGCCGUCGGCUGUGUCAAAAUACAUCGCCGUUCGUGAUUUUUUAUCAAGUUUAUCCUCGAUCUUCUAUUCUUCGCCCCCUCGAUAUCAAUCUCCCAUCCACCUUGUACCCCCCCCCCUUCACACACAUACUCACACACACAGACACAUACACACACACAAACGCGUACACGUACACGUACACACGCACACACACUUACAUACGCAUAUAUACAAGUACUCGAAUACAAUACACAUAUACACCUACGCGUUCCAUCCUCAGCUUCCCAGUGUACCGCGAGUUCAAACGAAAAGUCGGCCUAACUCAGAAUCGCUACAGACGUGCCUUUAGACUGGCAGUGAGUAGUAGACAGCUAAAGAGAAGGAAAAUAUAAGAAAAUAAAAAAAAUAUAAACAAAGCAUAUCAUUGCUGUUCACGUAGGUCAAUUAUAACACCACGUUCGACUGCAUAUAUCGAGUGCGAUAAAAAAGUGGUGUAUACAAAAAGGAGAAGAAAGAAAGGGGGAGAUAUAUAUAUAUAUAUACGUAGAUACAUAUAUAUAGAGAGAUAGAGGAAGCUAGAAAAAAAAGGAAAGAGAGAGAGAGAGAGAGAAAUAGAGGAAUAAAACGGGACAUUACUUAAGAACGUUGAUGAUUUGUAAAAUGGCGGUUUGCAUGUUCUGGCUUCUCACCUACGUGGGACAGGGACUGGAUCUGGCGGUGGGCAAUCGACCGGUGAUCAUACAGGUGCAGGGCACACAAGGGCUCGACUAUCGUCACGGAAGCGGUAGCGGUAUCAGAAAGAAGAGCGAGCUGAGCUCGGUAGGCAGCAACUUGUUGCACCUCAGAAUAUACCCUACGGACGGCAGUCCCCACAUGCGGGACGAUCUGUCCAACUGGCUGGUAUUCAACGACGAGCCACGGAUAACGUCGUGGUCGCCCGCUGGGAUGCUGAUCGACGACAUGGUGAAAGAGCCGCGCGAGCUCCAGAACGUCUUCUUCGCCCUGUCGCCCGCCGUCCUCAACGUCCUCUAUUCCGAGUACGUGACGUCGUCGCAAUCGUCCCAGGGGAUCGCCGCGACCGAGCCCUACUUUCCCCACGACGAGGGUAGCAGCAAUCAUCAGCUGAUCGGCGGCGGCCGACAGCGGGCGAAGAAACGGCGCAUAGGCUGCCGACAUCCGCGAGGUCCCCUCAGCGUCCUGCCGCCGAUCCUGGUGUGCGACGAGGCCGGUAGAAAGACCACCGGCCCGGCGACCGCCGCCGCCGCCGCCGCCAACGUCCUUCAGGAACCCAGACAAUCCAAACAAGACGAUCUCUACGCGGAGCAGAGAUUUAACACUGCGACGAGUACGAAGACUGAUCCCGCGCGCGCCGAGGCCGGCACCACCCUUAAUUUACCCACGAACGGCGGCUUCGUCCCGAACAGGGCCUUCGCCUACGAGACUGGCAAAUUACCCGGUAGCAAGCGGAAUCAGAUCACGGUCGGACGGCGUUCGAUCGACGCACAACGGGAGUCCCCGGGACACCAGGCUCAAGCGUCCUCGGUGUCCUCGGCCGGAGCGAGCAUCGCCUCGCAGCUCAUGCUGAGGUCCAUCCGGGGAAGUAUACAAUACGACGUGCCGCAAAUCGAAUGUCCAGUCUCCGAAGACGGAAUGGAAAGAUUCGCUUGUCCGACUGCGGAUAGAAUGGGUAGAUAUCAUUGCAUCGACGAUCACGUCCUGUGCGACGGUUUUAUAGAUUGUCCUACAGGCGAGGAUGAGGAUAGACAAGCUUGCAUGUUUUAUAAAACCACGAAAGCGCAUCUGGACGUAUUAGCGGACGCUAUACUACGAUGGGCGAGGGGACGCUAAUUCCCUCUUUGUUGAUGAUGAAUCUCCAAUCUGUACAUAAAAUCACAAGUCUGAUACGUCUACUUCUUUAUAUAUAUUCAUCGAUAUCUUUUUCUCCUACAUUAAUCUAUUUUCCGGAAACUGUUUUCUCUCUAUGUUUGGCGCAUAGAGACGUUCAUAUUGAAAUCAAACUCAGGGGAAAGUUAAGAUGAACCGUCUCUCUCUCUCUCUCUUUCUCUAUCUAUCUAUCUAUUUCUCGCUCUGUACUUCUCUCUCUCUCUCUCUUCCUCUAUCUUUUCCAUCUCCAUCUCUUUCUAUCCCUUUCUCUUUCCCAGAAAUGAAUACGGCCGCUCGAUUUAAUUUCCGAGAGGACACGGCAUGGUUCUAAUUACACUAAAAAAAAAAAAAAUCGGUUAGCAAGGUCUAUCUCGUAACCAAAAUAUCCUCACAUAAAGUACAAAUUAAGGUGUCCGAACUUUUAGGAUGUUAUAAAUAAAGUUCGUAAGAGAGUUAUGGCAUUUUAACGCCGCUGUGUAUGGCGCACGAGAAAUAUCCGACUUGAAAUAAUUUCAGUUCUAAGCAUAUCUAUACCAGUUAAUAUAUACCACACAGAUGAUGUAUUACGAUUUCAUAUAUUGAGCGAUUUCCGCGAGAUCGUACUAACUCUUUAACGACUUUAUUUUGGUAUACAAUAAAGUAAUUUUGAAGACUGAGAACUAUUUACUUCAUUCCCAGAGUAAACACGCGGCCUCGCGCCGAACCGAUAGGAACGAACGAUCGUACCGUUUGGCAAGGAACGGGCACGUGUACCUAGAGAUUUCCUCCUAGAGUACUUCCUAAGAGAUUGUAAAAGAAAUGUACUCAUGUUUUUAAUCAAAUCACUCCGCAAUCACGACGUUGACGCGCAUAUAAAACAAACGUAAUGCAUAAUUAAAUGAAACUCAAUGUCGAUCCGGUCUUCUGGUAUCGCCUACCGACACGAAGAGACGUCUCCUUCGCCUUGUGUGCACGCUCCAUGUUUUUUCGUCAUCGAAUAUAUCUCUAAAUACUUCAUUUAUUUCGAAUUUACGAAAAAGAUGUCCGCGAAUAAAGACAAGGUAAAUGCUUUCAUCUGAAAAAAAAAGAAAAAAAAAAGAGAAAAAAAAAGAGACCCUAUGAUUAAUUGCUAAUUGCGCUUCACCAAAACCAGCUCCGAGGAGAGUACCGAGUUAGGAAAUAUUUAGGAAUUUAUUAGAAAGCCAUUUGCUGCCGUGUAUACACUUUGCGUUCUGCGAGAUAUUUAUUUACAAGCUAUUAUCACACGUAUUCUCAGAAAUUCACAAAUAUAUGUAUCGAUAUUGCUGUGAAAUUGAACGAAAAUGAAUUUCUCCUAUGUUAAAUAUUUGAUGUCCAAGAAUUAUGACUUAACGGUAACAUAAUAAUACAUAUAUGUUCCAACUAUUA